UCGGCCGGGGGGCGGAGGAGCGAACCACUGAGAUGCGGAGACCUCCCCGGUCCUAGAGCGGAGCAGGAAGUGUCCCAGGGGAGGGAGCCGGAGGGCUUCGGCCUUUCCUUUCCUCCGUGUCCGGCGGGCUCCGGAGGCGGUCAGGCCUGCACGGCCCGCCAACUGGGACGCGGCGCGGCGGCGCCUCCAUUUGCUACCAUUUCUUCCCUCCUAAGCGGAGCCGUGGUUUUCUGGAUGAGCAGGAGACGGGGGCUCGGCUAGCCAGGGACGGAGUGGCCUCUGCAGAGAACCCGCCUCAGGAAGCACACCCGGGGGACCGGGCUGGAAGGAUGAGGAGCUGCUGCCGCAGACUUCCGCCGCAGGAGGGAUUUGAGUUAGACGCAGGGAAGGAGUUCCAGGCUGUGAGCUCAUUUUGUAAAGGUCUCAAGGGCAAGGACGGUGACUUUGGCUCUGAAGCCUCAAGAUAGCAGCCUUCUCAGCUCGUCCAUUUCAGGUCCUUUCCAGGAGGACCUGGACACCGAAGGGUCGUCUUCUGCUGCUGACCCCCAUCAAAUCCCAUCAUGCCCACAGCCCUGUGCCCCCGAGUCUUGGCUCCGAAGGAAAGUGAGGAGCCCAGGAAAAUGAGGAGCCCACCGGGAGAGAACCCUAGCCCCCAGGGUGAGCUUCCCAGCCCCGAGUCCUCCCGCCGCCUCUUCCGACGGUUCUGCUACCAGGAGGCGGCGGGCCCUGGGGAGGCCCUGCACCGCCUCUGGGACCUGUGCCGGGGCUGGCUGCGGCCUGAAAGGCACACCAAAGAGCAAAUUCUGGAGCUGCUGGUGCUGGAGCAGUUUCUGGCCAUCCUGCCCCGGGAGAUCCAGGGCUGGGUGCGGGCCCAGGAACCUGAGAGUGGCGAUCAGGCUGUGGCUGCUGUGGAGGCACUGGAACGAGAGCCGGGGAGACCCUGGCAAUGGCUCAAGCACUGUGAAGACCCCGUGGUGAUUGACGAUGGGGACAGCCCUCCAGACCAGGAGCAGGAGCGGCUGCCAGCAGAACCCCAGAGUGACCUUGCAAAGAGCCAGGACGCCCAGCCCAUGGCCCUGGCUCAGGGCCCCGGGCUUCCAAGCAGACUCUCGGGCCAGCUCAGCGGGGACCCAGUCCUGCAAGACACUUCCCUUCUUCAGGAAGCGAGUUUGAGGGACGCACAGCAGGUGACUGCCCUCCAGCUGCCCCCGAACCGGGUUUCUUCUUUCAAGGAUAUGAUCUUCUGCUUCUCAGAAGAGGACUGGUCCCUUCUAGACCCUGCCCAGACUGGCUUCUACGGAGAGUUCAUCAUUGGGGAGGACUGCGGCGUCUCACUGCCUCCAGAUGACCCAGCUGCCCAGCUGGAUCUCUCCCAAGGAGAGGAGAAUGAGCCACUUGUUCCAGAGUUGCAGGACCUCCAGGGGAAGGAUGUGUCCCAGGUCUCCUACUCAGACUUUCCAAGUCUCCAGCCAUUCCAGAUAGAAGAAAGAAGAAAACGGGAUGAGCCGCAGGUGCCAGAGUUCCAAAUCUGCCAGCAGACAGUGCUCCCUCAAAGCACCUGCCCAGCCGGAGGUGAUGCACCAUUUCCCGACAACAGCCUGGAUGAGGAGGUGACCAUCGAGAUUGUUCUUUCCAGCUCUGGGGACGAGGACUCCCAGCUCGGCCCCUACUGCACAGACGAGCUGCAGAGCCCCACGGAGAAGCAGCACAGCCUCCCUCCCUCCCACCGGAGCGGCCCUGAGUCAGGGGGUGAGGUGCAGACCUCCAAAAAGUCCUAUGUGUGCCCGAACUGUGGCAAAAUCUUCCGCUGGAGGGUCAACUUCAUCCGGCACCUGCGGAGUCGCAGGGAGCAGAAGCCACACGAGUGCUCGGUGUGCGGGGAGCUGUUCAGUGACAGCGAGGACCUAGAUGGGCACCUGGAGACCCACGAGGUCCAGAAACCUUUUAGGUGCGGAGCCUGUGGGAAGAGCUUCCGCCUCAACUCCCACCUGCUCUCCCACAGGCGGAUACACUUGCAGCCAGACAGACUCGAGCUACUGAAGAAGAGAGAGCAGGAGGCAUCGGGGACCAUGGGCGGGGAUUCCGACGCCCUACUGGCAAAGGGCAAGGCCAAGCUGCGCUUCCAGUGCUGUGACUGCGGGAAAGUGUUCCAGCGUCCCGACCAGCUGGCCCGGCACCGCAGUAGCACUCACGUGGACAAGUCCCGGCCCUUUCAGUGCCGGUACUGCGUCAAAAGCUUUUCCCAGAACUCUGACCUCCUCCGCCACCAGCGCCUGCACAUGAAGCGCCGGUCCAAGCAGGCGCUGAACUCCUACUGAGUCAAGGGCGCACACGUUGUUGGGUGCAGCUCCAGCCUGGGUAGAGCACAUCCCGCUCAUGCUCGGUUCCAGACUCCUCCCCAGGACAGAGACCACAUCCUCCUGACCUUUACUCUCAGGUAGAAAUGAGAUCAUGGCCAGUUGAGCAUUUGUUCUGUCUCUGCUGUGCCAGAAGCUGGGAGGGCGUGUCACCACCAGCUUUGACUUGCCCAGUGUUUUCGGGUCUAGGAGAACCCUGUCCAGUGCUUCCCAAGCGGUGGAGGGACUGGGGCGCCCCCUACUGCAGUGACCCCUUGUGGGGGUGGGGUCUGUCCCUUACCAACUAACUCUCAGUAUACUCCCAUCCUGUGCUGUCUGAAUUCCCACCCCACCCUGAGGUCUGGAGGUAACUGCUUUCUGCCUGACAGCAAGAAGCUGCAGAUGAGGUGAUGGGUUAGGAGGAAGGUAGGAAGGCGGGGUGGGACCCGUGGGCACAAGGGCAGUCGGGCCAGGCACACCAGACCAUGUCAUGUCAUCAGAAGUCUGAGUCCUGGUCACCAUCUGGUCCACAAGAGCACCUCACAAUUAUGAGAUGGCCCUUUCAGGCUCAGAAACCUUGGUGGGGGGCUUUAUAGCUUCUUGCCAAAUGGAAACCUUUUAUUUGUGAUGGUGGCUGGUUAUUAGGGAUUGUGAGCUCAUUUAAGGGAAAGCCCGCAUUUUAAAUUUUAUGUUGGCACGCACUCCCCAAAGUGUCCUUUCUUUGUACCCUGAAGGUCCUUGGUGUAUGCUUGUGGGUUAGAAGUGAAGUCAUCAUCAUUUGAAAGGCACUUAAGUUUCCUUUCCCAUUGGGUCGUGUCUAGGAAAGGGGAGCUCAGCUCCAGUGAAUGAGAGGUUCUUUGGCUUGGUGAGCUGAGCAGGGGAAACAACAGAACCUUUGGUGAAGUCAUUCUCUACAUAUAUAUUAACUUAGUGUGCCAGCUGUAUUAGUUCCUUAGGGCUGCUGUAACAAAGUACCAAAAACUGGAUGGCUUAGAACAACAGAAAUUCAUCGUCUCAGCUCUGGAGGCCAGAAGUCCAAGAUCAGGGUGUCAGCAGGGUUGGUUUCUUGUAAAGGAAGGAUCUGCUCCAUGCCUCUCCUUUUGCUUCAAUGGUUACUGCCAGUUGUUGAUGUUCUUUGUCUUGUUGAAGCCUCACCCCAUCUCUACCUUCAUCUUUACAUGGUGUUCCUGUGUAUGUGUCUGUCUCCAAAUUUUCCCUUUUUAUAAAGACACUAGUCAUAUUGGAUUAGGGCCUACCCUGCUGUUUCCAGUAUGUUCCCAUCUUAACUAAUUGUAUCUGCGAUGACCCUAUUUCCAAAUAAGGUCACAUUCUGAGGUACUGGGGUUAGGACUUCAACAUGAAUUUGGGGGGGAUGGGGAGACACAGUUUAACCCAUAAAACUAUAUAAUCCUGAGGUUCUGCUGUCAUUGCUGAUUCACAGGUGAGUCAAUACAAACUUGGGUUAACUUACUCUCAGUUCUAUUGGAAGCAGGAUUCAGAUCCAAGCUUCUGCUCCCAGGGUGGAUGUCCUCUGCAUAUAGCCUUUAAAUUUCAUUGCCUGGGGUUCCGGGCUGGGAGUGACCACUGGUAGUGAAACCGCAAGCAAUGAAAACCAUGGUCUUGUUCCUGGCAGACUGGCCAGGUUGGCUCAGCUCAAUGAUGAGAAAGCACAGAGGCUAUAGAGUAUCAGUGACUAAAUCAGAAAGCCAGCCACGAGGCAUGCGUUACGUAUUUGUAUGUCAGGUCCCAUUAGCAGGCAGUAAGGCUGGGCAAAUGAAUUCAAGGCCCUUUGUUCCUUGUGAGCCACUUCAUUGUCACGUUGAGAGACACUGCUGCCACAAACUCAGUGAAAGAGUUACAAGGUUUUAUAGUUAUGAUUACUGUGCCUGUGUAGAUUCAUCUACGUACCCAGGAACAGUAAAUGCAAUAAAAUAAUUUGGUCAUAACCCUGAACAAGAAAUAAACUAUUGAGGCUCUUUGUUUUCUACAUAGUUUGCCUCUUGGAUUGAUCUGCCAGGAAAAGGGAAAAAUACGAAUCUUGAAGGCCAAGGGAGGGGAUAAUUCCAAAUAGAACCCAGAUUCCGUGUACAUUUACCCCACCCACCUGUGCACUCUUGCCCAAGGAUUCCAUUAAGACGGGAGGUUAUGAUCCCAAGAGGAGCACUAUUCUACUUAGUGUAUUUUAUCUGAAAAUCUUAAGUAAGAAAGAAAGGGAAUGUGACAGAAUUGAAACCUUUGGGGACACUGUGCAUCUGUUCAGUACCCACCAAAUAUUGUGAGGGAGUCCCCCAUUCACUUACAAACCUGACCAAGGUACUUAGCUAAUCAGAAGGUUACCUUCCCCCUGGAUUCAGAAACCCUACUGGGUGAUGCAACUCAAAUCCCAGGUUCUUCCCAUGCAGAAGGACCAGUGCGGUUACCUGCUCUGGAGAAAGCUCCUCCAGACGAUAGGAGAACUGACUGACUUCUUCCCUUUUCCCACCCUCCCUGGGUGGCUGGGCAGACAGGGGAGCUAUGUUUCUACCUUGCCGUGGAUGUUCAGAGAGCCCACAUCUGAAGAACAUCUGUCCUCCCUGUUCAUCUGAUCCCUUGGCAUUGUUCCCAUAAAUUCACAGGUGCAUAAUAAAAUUCGACUCACUGAAUU